AUGUUAAAGUUUGCCUUAGCAUAUCAAGAAGUUAUGCUGAAAUAUGAACUCAAUCACCUUGUAACUCAUGGCAACUGUCAGAUUGUGAAUAUUGGAGCAGGGUUUGAUACACUUUAUUGGAGACUGUAUGAUGAAGGAAAAAAUGUAAAGGGAUUUGUUGAACUUGAUUUCCCUGGAGUCACAUCACGGAAGUGCCUGUACAUUCAGAGAACAAAACCUCUACUGCAGGCCAUUAGUGAAGAAGAUUAUGAUGUCAAGCUCAAUAGGAACAACCUUCAUGCGCACACCUACAAGCUGACAGGAGUCGAUCUCAGAAACAUCACAGAGGUGGAAGCCAAGAUUAAGGAAUCAGACUUGGACUACUCACUCCCUACCCUCUUCUUGGCUGAGUGUGUCCUGGUGUACAUGAACACCAGCAAGUCUUCACAGCUCUUACAGUGGAUUGCAGAAAAGUUUAAGUCUGCCUUCUUUGUAAAUUAUGAAAUGGUCAAUCUUGGUGACAGAUUUGGAGAAGUUAUGGUAAGCAAUUUGCGAAGCCGAGGUUGUGACCUGGCAGGGGCUCAAGCAUGCCAGAGCACAGAAACACAGAGGCAAAGAUUUCUUGAAGUUGGAUGGGCUGGAGCAGAUUCAUACGACAUGAUCAACAUAUGGGCACGACUCCCUCCUGAGGAAAUAGCUCGUGUAAUGCAGAUUGAGUUGCUAGAUGAACAGGAACUUCUUCAGCAACUGUUCACACAUUAUGCCAUCACCACUGCCUGGACUGACCACCGAUGGUCAGACAUUCAGCUGUAGUUUUUACUGAUAAUUCACUAUUCCUAAAAGAUAUUAGGAAACAAGCUGUUAUGGUAAAGGUGUAAUAUAUCAAUUAGGUCUCCAAAUAAGCAUAACCAGACUAGCUCUGAAUAUCCAUUCUAGUAACACCAAGAAAUUAUUUCAGUUAGAAAACAGUUAUGGUAUUGCUAUAAAUAGAAGUUCUGACUAAGGACCAGGACUUUUCCCGCAAAUAUUAUCAUGUCAAAAACCAAGCUUUAGACCUCAGAGGUUAGUUAUCAAUCAAAAAGAAAUCUGGGCAUUAUGGUGAUAUAAUUAGAUUAAAUAAACUGAAUUGUUCUUGAAAUUUAAUCCUGUUGCUGCUCAACUGGACUGAUAAGGUGUGCAUAUAUAUACCCUUUGUUAUAAGAUGAGAAUAACUGAUAUUGUAUGAUUAGGUUCAUUACAGAUGAUUAGUAAAUAAUCUAGACUGCUAACAUAAUAUGUAGAAAAUAAUAAUAAAGCUUAAGCACUAUAUGCAUACCAGC